GGGAAUGCAAAGAGGCUGCAAGAGAGAAACAAAAGACCAUAGCCAGGCUUCCUGCUUCUGAAAUUGAGUAAAAUUGUACCUUUUAUAAUACUAUUGGGUAAUACCAUUAGGUAAGAUCAGCACUGGGUGGCUGACCUGUACAAGGGCCCUGGCUUACAUCCAUUGCGGGUGCAGGCAGGACUUGGAAAUGCAUGCUGAGAUCCACAGGCGUCUGUUCUGGGCGUCUCUCGCAGACGGCUUCUGGAGGCUAUGCCUGCUCCUCAUACAGCUUCCAGACUUCUUAAUGGGACUUCCAGUGGAGAAGGCCCCCCAAACGUUGGCCCAGGCACCUCCUUCUACCAGAGGGCAGGACCAGGUGAGCUUAGAACAGAGGCUCAGGCAUCCUCUCUUCUCUCUUUCAGGAGCAAUCGCCUCCUCUCUUGCCAAAGGACUCACCAACCCUCUGGGAAAGCCUGUGGAGACCAACAGCUGGAGCAGCAUCUGCUCCCAGUCCUCUUCUGCCCGCCCCUCUGUUUCCUCUGCCAUGGCAUCUGCGGAGAACAUCAAGACACUCCAUGAAGGAUCCCACGGAGGGGCUGGUCAAAUAAACCCAAUGUUGGAGUCUCAGCUGCUGCCUCCUGCCCAAGAGAGAAGUCUCCUUAUGAGCUCAAGAGAUGAUAUCCAGCUGCCAGAGAAUCUCCUCACUGAGUUGCCAGAUUUUGAGGACCUUGUCUCUUCCAUGGAGCCCCUCCUUCUGGACAGCAUCAUUCCCUCUCUGGAUCCAACAGAGCCCAGGGACUCCGGGCAGGCCCAGGAACUGUUGGCAACCCCUCCUCAGCCCUGUGAUGACACUGGAGGCCCGUCUCAGGAACCCCAAGCCAAGAAAGGUGUGGCCAGGCCAAGACCCUCCCAAGGGAAACCAUCCGAGGCACCUGACAGGCCUAAAUUCAAUACCAAGGCAAAGAGGGGGAAAAGCCCAGCAAGUGAAGAGGAACCAAGCCGGAAGGGGAGGAAGACAAACAAAAGCUCAGAUCCCACCACUUCUGGGGAGGGAAUGGCUUUGGGGGCACAUAAGAAGCCUCGCAGUUCCCUUGUCAGUGGCAAAAAUGGAUUUUCCGUCUCCAACCACACCGCUGGAGCGCAAACUCCACUCUCUCGAUGUCAGAAGGGCCCUUGCCUUCUAUUUGCAAGGCCCAUUUCACCAAAGCGGUUUCUACCUCGACAGCCCUAUUCAAAGGUGUCCAACUGCAGAACAUUUGCAAAGCAGCCACCUGGGCUACCCCUCUGA